AUGAAGGAGGUCCGCGAGGGCCUCUACUCGCACCCGACCGGCGCCGCCGGGCAGCACCUCUCUGACGAUGACGACGCCGCCAUCGCCGCCCUGGUGGCCGCCACGAUCGAGGCCGAGGCCGCCGCCGCCGCCGACGACUCCGCCCUCGCCAGCCCCAGCCGCGCGGCGGGGGCGGCGGGGACAAACGCGCCGUGGCGCGGCGGGUUUGGGGGCGGCGCCGGUGCAGCCGGCGCGGGUGCGGCCGCGGGCGGCGAUGAGGACGAGGGGCCCGAGUUCCUGGGGGCCCUGCAGGAGCUCGCGGCCCAGCUGGACGCCACCCCUGCUGCCGGCCAGUCGUGGGGCGACGGCGCCGCCGCCACCGCCCCCUCGGCCGCCGCGGCCGCCGCGGGCCCCACGCCGCACGCGUCGGCCGCGGGCGGCAACACAGGCGCGGGCGAGGGCGCGGGGGGCGCGGACGAGGGGGAGCGUCUUCUGGCUAUUGAGCGGGAGGUGCAGGAGCUUCUUGAGGCGACGAGCGCGGCCGCCCUGGCGGCGGGGCGGCUGACGAGCAAGAGCGACCACCAGUACCUCAGCAAGAUCCUCGGCCUGACCCAGGAGGCCGUCGACGCGAUGCAGCCCGCCAUCAGCAGCCUGCCCGCCUGGGCCUCCCGCAGCGCCCACAGCCGCAGCCCCUCCUGCGCCGCCGCCGCCGCCGCCUCGCCCGGCCCGGACUCCCCCGCCCGCGCGCCCGCCGCUGCCGCCGCCGCGGCCGCCGCUGCCUACGCGGCGCCCCCCCUUAUCUCAUUCGACAACGAUGGCGACUACUCAGAGGCAGCCGCGUCCCCCGCCAGCCUUUACAGCAGCCCCAGCCCCGGCAAGGCGGCCGCGCCCGCCGCGCACGGGCAGGCGCCGGCCGGCCCCCUCAGCCUGCUGGGCGUGGCCGCCCAUGCGGCGCCCGCCGGCGGGGCCGCGGCGGCCGAGUUUUUUGAGGGGUCGUUCGCUGCGUUGGAGGCCGGUGGUGCCCCGGCAUCCGCGGCGGAGCAGCGGGAUGAGGCGGCAGGCGCCGGGGUGGCCCUGGGCCCGGGCGUCGCCGGGGCCGCUGCCGCAGAGGUGGCACAGAGGCCGGACGGGCGCGGCGGGGCGGGGGAGGGCGUGGACGGCUGGGGCGCGGCAUCCCUGGUGGCAGGCAGCUGGGGCGGCUCCGUGGACGGGGAUGGCCCGGCGGCGGCCACCGCCAGGGAGGACUGGGAGUAG